UCAGCGUUAAUUCCCCGCCCCCUUUCCCGGCCUGUUGAGGGUUUCUAUUAAAUUCCCGGUCCCCCGGUGAAUCACAGGUGUUAAAUCCCCCACAGGAUCGCGUUAACUCCCCGGUAUGUCCCGGGGGUCGGGGGGCGGGCUGUCAAUUGACUGGUGCAUAAGCAAAACUAUACAAGUUAACGGGCAAACAUCAUCGCAUAUACCGGAAUCCAACAAGAUGAGUAAUUUCUAAAGAAUUUAUGACAAACUUUCCAAGUUUACUUGCCAUAGUUAACACUCUGUUUAGCACAUUCUGUUGUUUUGUCACCAAAAUAAUUCAAUUUUUAUUUGAUUAUUUUGUAUUCAAAGUUUAUUGAUUUUUUGCUCGCUUUGAAUUUCGAGAAGCGAGCGUUACCCUUGGGACCGCCUCUAAAAACUGCUUGGCAUUCCACGACGUGUGUAAAGAAUUUGUAGUCCAAUCAGUAUCAUAAAACAAGCAAUGUAGGAAACAACUCUCCACAGAAACAGUAAAAAACACAUUCUCCUCUUUAGAAUUAAAUUCUCUAUUUUCAAAUAUAGUUUCACAUAAUAACUCUUUUGUUUUAGUAUUCGGGAGAUAAAAGUUAUUUCUUAAUUCGGGUUUAGUGGCAGUGAUGCAAGUUCUCCCCAGCCUUCGGCUGUAAGCGGUUAUCACUUUUAUCGCUCAGUGAAAUGCACCGGAGAAAGAGAGCUGUUGACUACACACACUUUCUUCGCUUUAAAAUGUCAUGAAGUUCAAAAAAGGUCGCGUGAAAAUUGAACAGUUGUGGUAUUUUCCAGCAUGAAGCAAAAACUAUGGUUUUUCGUAGUAUUUCUAGUUUAUUCCAGUAUACAGCUUGCUGAUGCAGGAGAUAAAUUCUUUUUUAAUCAUACAUCAUUAUUACAAGUCAGCAGUGCAACAUUGCCACUUAAUUCAAGAUUUGACUUUCGAUUUCGAACUUGUGAGGGAGGGGUGUUACUCUCUCAAGUCGGAAAUUCAAAUAAUGAUUUUUUUGAGAUAAUUGUUAGCAAAGCAAUUGUGAACUACACUAUAUCUGUCAAGCCGCCAUACUUCACCCCAAGUCAAUUGACGGUUAGAUGGAAAGUUGGAGGUGUGGAAAACUUUGUACAUGUUGGCAAUGAGCUGGAUAAAAGUCAAUAUUUCACAGUGCGAUAUGUCCCUGGCAUAGGGGAUGCAAAUUCUACAAUUUCCCUUGAUGGACCAAUAACAUCAUACUCAGCGAGUAUACCAAGGGAUAUUCGCAGCUUUGUGAGUGGUGGGCCACUAUAUGCGGGUGGCGGGAGUGGUGGUGUUUGGUUCUCAGGGUGUAUGGAGAGUGGAACUAAUGUGCCUUUCACCUCAGAAUCUAAACCAACUGAACCGACACCAGGAUGCCCUUUAGAUUCAAUAGCAGGAUGUCCCAAUCGCAAAGCCUGUGAUGCUGGCUUCACUGGAGACUACUGUGAAAUAAAUAUUGAUGAAUGUGCCAGUGCACCCUGUCACAGCUAUAGCACCUGCCUCGAUGGCGUCAACAACUAUACCUGCUUGUGUGGACCACGUUGGACUGGGCGAGACUGCAGCACAAACCUAGGCAACUUGUGUGACCCAAAUCCUUGUCAAAAUGGCGGCGUUUGUAAGGAAACAUUUGAUCGAAAUAACUACACAUGUGCAUGCCCACAGGGUUACACAGGGUGGAACUGUAAUGGAACUCUUCAUCCAUGUGAAACCUUGAAUUGUACAAAUGGAGGGACUUGCCAGAAACAGAGCAAUGCAUCAGAUGACUAUGUGUGUGUCUGCGUCACUGGCUUCAAUGGCAUCCGCUGUGAGCAGAACAUUGAUGACUGCGCAAGUCUUCCUUGCAAACACGGUAAAUGUGUGGAUGGAGUCAACAACCAUACGUGUAACUGUACAGGGUCGGGCUAUGAGGGCCCCAAGUGUGACGUUGACAUCAACGAGUGCAAAGUCCAGCCGGGACCGUGCUUGAAUGGAGGGACCUGUGACAACUACCUCGGGACCUAUGGGUGUUCUUGUAAGGCUGGGUACAGAGGGAAGAACUGUCAGGAGAACAUUGAUGAAUGCGACCCAAACCCAUGUUUGAACGGAGGCACAUGUGUAGAUGGCAUCAAUGGAUUUAACUGCUCUUGCUUCAUUGGCUUCACCGGGGAAAGAUGUGAAACCAACAUCGAUGAUUGUGUCAGUAACACGUGUAAUGCCAAUCAGGACUGUGUGGAUCAAGUCAACAACUACACGUGUGUAUGCAAGCCAGGCUUUACGGGUUCGGACUGCUCCGUGGAUAUCUUGGAAUGCCUUAGCAAUCCUUGCCGUCACGGAGGCACGUGUCACGAAGGCGUCAAUGGCUAUAACUGCACGUGCUUACCGCGGUUCAACGGCACGCACUGUGAGUUGGACACAGUGAAUGACUGUAACUCCAGUCCCUGUUUAAACAACGGCACGUGUGUUGAUGAUGUUGGGUUCUUCAACUGCACUUGCCCGAAGGGAUUUGACGGCGUUAGAUGUGAAAAUAAGAGCGAUAGCUGCCACCCAAAUCCCUGCAAGCACGGUGCUUCCUGUAAUAUCGUUAACGAGACAGACUUCACGUGCGCCUGUCCUACAGGGUACACCGGCAAAACCUGCGAUAUCGACAUCGACGACUGCGCAAGCGCGCUGUGCGUUGCCAACGCUACCUGCGUUGACCUACUCAAUAACUACACUUGCAAGUGCCCUAGUGGUUACCAUGGCGACCUGUGUCAGUUCGACAUCAAUGAGUGUGAAUCAAACCCUUGUAGAAACAAUGGGACGUGCAAGAAUGAAGAAGGCAAAUUCACAUGCACGUGUUUGAGUGGGUUUAAUGGGACUUUCUGUGAGGUAAAUAUCGAUGAUUGCCCCGCCAUUGGGUGUAAUAACGGCACUUGUAUCGACGGCAUCAAUAAUUACACGUGUCAGUGCUUCAUUGGGUUCGAGGGCAGACAUUGCGAGAAGGACAUCGACGAAUGCAGCCUGGGCUAUUGUAAGAAUGGUGCCACGUGUACGAAUACGCCCGGCAACUAUAGCUGUCAGUGCACCGAGUUCACCAAUGGCACGAACUGCGAGCUGGAUAUCAACGAGUGCGCCAGCAGCCCUUGUCUGAACGGCGCUUUGUGUCAAAACAAUGACUGCGAUAAGACUGCCUGUUCUGAUAAGGGAUACGAGUGCUUCUGUAAAUCUGGUUUCUUAGGGCCCUUAUGCGAAACAGACGUAGACGAAUGCCUCUUAGCAGCGGUUGAUCCGAAUAAACGCUGUGAAAACGGGGCUACCUGUGUCGACAAGGUCAAUAGAAAGGAAUGCAUUUGCCCGCCGGGAUGGACUGGGGACCGCUGUCACGUGGACAUAGACGAAUGCGCGCUUGGUUUCUGCGACAAUGGCGCGACAUGUAAUAACUUCAACGGCACGUAUAACUGCACAUGUGUACCCGGCUAUACGGACCGGAACUGCUCUACGGAUAUUAACGAGUGUGCGUCGAACCCAUGCGAGAACGGCGCCACGUGUAACGACUUGAUCAACUAUUUCAACUGCACAUGCGUGCCCGGGUACACGGGGUUCAAUUGCUCCGAAGACAUCAACGAGUGCCUGUCAACACCCUGUCAACACAACGCAACCUGCAAUGACCUUGUGAACGACUUCAGCUGUAACUGCACCGCUAACUACACGGGGAGGCAAUGCGAGUACCUUAAGACGCGCUGUCGACCGAUAAAUCCGUGUUUAAAUGGAGGACGAUGUAAAGACAUAGGGUUCGAGAACUUUACUUGUGAUUGCAGUGCCGGAUUUGGUGGACCCCUCUGCGAGAAUUCUACAACCGUUAGUUUGAACGGCUCGUCAUAUCUGACGUUUGAUGGCAGCCAAAGUGAAUUCAUGGUUGCGUUGGAAUUUCGAACAACGCUUGCAGACGGCGUACUGGUACAUGAUUCGGAGAGCAAAUUCCUGAUGCAGUUGAAGGAAGGGGCUAUUGAAAUAAGCAAUGGCGUUAACAGUGCAGCAAUAGGGGCUGCGCUUUCGGACGGUAAUUGGAGCGGAAUUGUGAGGUUGAAUGUCACUCAGAGUCACCUACAAUUAUCUAUAAACACCUCAAGUGUUUCCAUAACUCGAAUCAACCGUACAAAUCCCAAGCUGUUCAUUGGAGGAUAUUCGGGGAACCUCCAAAGUAGUCGCAACCUGAUUGGCUGCAUUCGAGAUGUCAAAGUAAAUGGCGUGGUAAAGUUACCGUCUGAGAUAGAGCUUGUGCGUGUCAGCAUGGGGUGCCCCAGGGAGGAGGUGUGCUCUCCCGACCCCUGUACCAACGGGACGUGCAUUGACGAGUGGCUCACAUACAGAUGUGCUUGCUAUCGACGGUGGACUGGGCCCAAUUGCAGUACGAGUUUUGUCGCUGGUACAUUUGGUGCCCAGUCUCCUCUGAAAGGCGCGGCCAGAAAAAGACGUGACAUCAGCGAGUUCCAGAAUUCCAGCUUCGCCUUGUUCAACACGAAUACUGUCUUUAACAACGCGGGCUCACUCUCCUUCUUUAUACGCACGCGCCAAUCAGCCGGCCUGGUUGCCUUUCUCACAGACGACAGCAACGUCCAUCUUACCAUAGGACUUCAUAACGGACGGCUGUUCUUACAAAGAUCGGUCAGCGGUAGCCGGUGGAACAUCAGCUUUGAUAAAAACAAUGACGUCGUCGAUGGCGAAUGGCACUUAGUGUCCGUUUCUGCCAACACGACGACUAUUGAUAAUCAAAGUUAUAGCUGGUUCUAUGACCAGACCUUAAAUUUGAAGCAUGCCUAUUUGGGUGGCUUAGAGAACUGGACUGCGUACCAACAAGAAGAUGUAGUGACGAAAAUACCCCUCCGUGGUUGCAUCCAUGACGCCCGCCUCAACAGCAAGCUUUUACAAUUCUUUCCUGUGUCAUCCUCUGAGGAAAGCUUUCCACUUCUUGGAAUAGCCUCGAAUCUUGGCCGAGGGUGCCUCGGAGAGAACGUCUGCGCACGGUCUCCCUGUGGUAUGGGCGGGACGUGUAAUGACCGGUGGAAUAAGUACGAGUGUUCGUGCUCGCCAAGGUAUGGUGGCCCAGACUGUUCGUUGUAUGGUUGUGCGCUGGUUAAGCCGUGCCCGAGUGGAAGUGUCUGCUUGGAUGUCGAAGGGCAGUACGAAUGUGUCCAUCCUGUAACUCUAAAUGGCAGUCUUAGUAACGCCACCUUCCGCCUCGCAUCUAACGUCACGCUAAGCCCCUUGGUGUCCGUCAUCCUCCGCACUCGAGAGAGUAACGCGGUUCUGUUACAGUCACGCCAGGAUGCAAGUAAUUUUUUGGAGGUCCGGCUCGAGUCUGGGUAUCUCAAUGUCACCUACGCGUUCGGUGGGAACACGGGCACCGUAAAAACAGGUGUCGUUGUAAAUAACGGAGAAUGGUACCACGUGACUUUCAAUGCGACAUCCACUCUCCUGCUGUCAGUAAACCAAUCACAGACUGAGAAAGAAGGAAGUUUCACCGGAACAGAGCUACAGAACUUACUUGCUUCGACUCCCAUCUCGUUUGGCCUCGCGCAGCCCUUCUUCAAGGGUUGCCUUGACAACGUGCGAGUAGGCGGGGCUUUGUUGCCUUUCAUUCCAUACUACAAUGCAACAUACAACGUCAGCCACGUCACGUCACUCAAGCCUCGAUUUGACGUUACAUCCAUUAAUGGGAUCAAUACAGGUUGUCGUAGUGAUGACGCAUGCGCAGUUAGGCCUUGUAUGCGAGGUCAAUGUUCUGAUGACUGGAAUGCCUUCAAGUGCGCAUGCCCAGAAGGUUAUGCAGGGAUGGUUUGCAACCUGACAGCUAACAUGACGUGUGCGCAUGCGCCUUGCUUUAACGGCUCUACUUGCGAAAAUAGAACCGCUGCGAACUUGACGCAGAUAAGUAACGUUGGUAUUGAUCAGUUUGUCUGCCAUUGCGCCCCUGGUUUCGAAGGACGACAGUGCAAUGCGACCACCGAUGAGUGCAAGUCUAAUCCAUGUGGGAACUACGGCACGUGCACCGACUCACACCUGAAUUACUCGUGCGCAUGUGUUAGUGGUUUCACUGGACGAAAUUGCGAGAUCGACAUUGAUGAUUGCGUCGGUAAUAACUGCACCAAUAACUCAACUUGCGUAGAUCUGAUUGAUGAUUACAAUUGUACCUGCCAAGUAGGAUACAAUGGUAGCUAUUGCGAGUUGGACAUUGACGAGUGUUUAGCCAAUCCCUGCUCAAGUUAUGGGAGCUGUAAUAACACUAUAGGCUCAUACGAGUGUGUAUGCAAGCAGGGUUACUAUGGCAACCAUUGCCAGUACAAUGCCAGUCAGUGGUGUCGAUUCCAGCAGCCCUGCAUGAAUAAUGCGACCUGUAGUGGAAAUGCGACGGGUUUCUACUGCACAUGCGCAGAAGGGUGGGAAGGUAAACUGUGUUCGGUAGAUAUCAAAGAGUGUGAAUCUACCCCAUGUCAGAACAACGGUACGUGCACCGAUAGCCAUUCAGUUUCAGAGUUUUUCCCGGGCUAUCGGUGCGCCUGCACAGUUGACUAUACUGGACCCAGCUGUGAAAAGUUAGUGACACCAUGUGACGAAAAGCCCUGUUUGAACAAUGGCUCUUGCAUUCGGCUUUCCUACAAUAAGUACGAGUGCAACUGCACAGAAGGCUAUGGAAAUAUGAAUUGUAGUGGAUUACUUAGUUACUGUACGCCAAAUCCUUGCAUAAAUGGGAAUUGUAUACCUCUAAUGGACAACUACAUAUGCGAAUGUGAUUCUAAAUACUUGGGCCGCAAUUGUGAUAUCCUACGCGAUAAAUGUGACUCGAACCCUUGCCAGAAUGGAGGAAGGUGUAAAUCAACUCGUGAUGGAUAUACCUGUCAGUGUGAGCCAUCCCAUACGGGGAAGAACUGCCAGCUUCCUAGUCCAUGUUUUAGAAACCCGUGCGAGAACAAUGGCGUUUGUAAAAUACAUCCAGUACAUUUUAACUAUACAUGCAACUGUACCGAUACGUUCACCGGCAUACAUUGCGAGAACAGAGAAGUGGCGCCCCCCGCCGCUGACAAAAGGACAGCAGAGGAGGAAGAGAUGAUAAUUAUUGGUGUAGUAGUUGGGUGCGUAGCGUUGAUUCUAUUGGUUCUUCUUAUAGUCUUACUCAUGAAAAGAGCUUCAAAUGGAACUUACAGCCCGAGCAAAGAGGAGUUUGGAGGGGGUAGAGUUGAGUUAGACUCUAUGAUGAAGAAACCGAAUGAAGAACGAUUAAUCUGAGUCAGUGCGAAUGGGACUCACAGCCCUGUGAAAGAGGUGUCUGGAGGGGAAAUAGAACUGGAGAACAGACAGGGAGAAGAAACUUUGUGAAGAACGAUUGACCUGAGUGGCAUCGAAUGGGUUCGAGUGAAGAUAAAUAGGUAGAAGAGUAAUUCUAGAUCAGUGAGGAAGAAACCCCAAUGGAAACAUCUAUCUGAGUCACUUCCAUUGGGUAUUACAGUCAGACUAAUGUCCGUCCCAAUCACGACCUGUUUAGACUAUGCAAGUUUCAUUGUACAUCUAUUUGACCAAUUAUCAAGUGUCACUUGUUUUUAACGUUUUCCAUGCUCUCAUCAAUCAUAUGCAAGCCUGCGUUUCAUCAGGCUUGCCAGCAUUCAGGGCUUUAUAACAGUUUCAAUUAGACGAAAAGGGAUUUUUCAUAGAGAAUGAAUAAUAUACAGUAGCGAAGCCCUUCCCCUACUAUGGACAGAGGUUUAACUGUAUAUAAUCUGUUUUUCAGAGAAGAAUAUGUUAUAUCUGGUAUUUAUUGUAUACUAAUCAUUAGACAGGAUAACAAAUGAUUUAUUUUGUAUAUAAUACUGAAAUGAUGUAGAAUAAUCUGAUUUCUAGGAUUUUAAUAAAUUCGUAUGUUUGGUGA